UCCUGUUUCUCAGUGCAAUGAAAUGCUAAAGCGUUUUGAUUUUAUAGGUUAGGUUCUGAAUGUUACAUGAUUCAGUUUUUAUAUUUGGGAUUCCAAGCAGAAGUGGAAAUAAAAGUGGAGGUGCAUGUAAACCCUUGCUUUUAUCAGCCAACUGAAAAUAGUGAACUCUUGCCAUUGGACAUAGAUAAAUGGCAUCAACUAAGCCCUGGUGACAGCUUUUCCUUGUUGAUAGACAAAUAUGCCUUCAGGGUUCUCUUCACUCCUUUGGAUAUGGAAGCUCAAAGAAAAAACUGUCACCUUCAUGUAGAAGACAGACUAAAUCAAGCUUCUUCAGUGCUUCAGCCAACCAGGAUGCCUCACAGCCAGCCUACAGUGCAGCAAGCAGCCUCUUCCAAGAGGAGCCAGCUUCUGGACACACACACACUACAAGAGAAAGCAGCUGAAAUUCCAAAGGAGUCUUUUGCUAGCAUUCCUGAAAUUAAAGAAUCACAGCCUGCUGAAAGGAAAAGAGUACUUCCAGCAUGGAUGCUGCAAGAGGAUCUUAUGGUUCAAAGUCAAUCAGCCUCAAUCUCUGGAAGAGGUAGAAAUCUGAUACAUUUAUUAUGGACCUCUUAG